AUGACACACUCACAAACUUCCCUGGCUCCACACUCGCUCGCUCAGUUUCUGCCUAGCACUCUCACUCCCAGCUGCUCCUGGAUUAUCCCAGUUGCUCUCAAUAUGGGGAACAUAACUUGUGUUCCCCAGCCACCUGGGAGAUUCAGACACUCGUUCAGACACUCCUUUGAUCUCAGUGUUUUAUUUCUUUGUAGACAAGACAGCAAGAAAAAACUGAGCAGCUUCUUUGGCAUUGAAUCAGGGCAGGAGAGAGAGAUCACCACAGACAAAAUACUGCAAUAUAUUCCAGGCAAGAACAUCACGACCCAGGACAAUCAAAAGGAGAACUUGGACCAACGAUUUCCCAGCCUGUUCAAGAAAGGGCGGAGGAAGACAGUCGUGAGGAACCUGGGACAGAUCAUUUAUUACUCCAAGGUCAAAUUCAAAUUCCAGAACUGCCAGGAGGUGAAUGAUUGCUACUUGGAGCUGUUCCAGUCCUACCUGUACUUUCAAUCCGUCGGCUCCAAUGGACUGACUUAUCAGGGGCUGCUGCCACUGAAAGAGCUGAGUGUGCUUGAAAUUGCAAAUGCAAAGAGUGCAGGGCAGGAGGAACAUGCUUUCCGGAUUACAGGGCCUCUUCUGAACCCCAUUGUGGUGUACUGCUCCAGUGAGUCGGAGAUGAAGCACUGGCUUUAUCACCUGGAGAAACAGAUCCACCUCAAUGGAGGAAGCCUCCAGCUGCCCUUUCAGUCCCAGAACAACUGGAAAGACAGCCCCCUGGGGAAGGAGGAGCUGCGGUGGUCCGUGCAGAACAAGCCCGUGCAGGAAUGGAGGGGGACCCAACGCGAGUCCCUGGGUGACGUUCUCUGUGUCUCCAAAGUGAGGUUGCAGCAUCUGCCUUUCCAGGAGCAGCACGACAGGCUGCUGAUCCUGUACCCUUCCACACUGGUGAUUGUAUCAGAAGAGCGCAACGGCCUCUACUUUAAGGGAGAGCUGCCUCUGAAUGCAAUACAAGUUAAGUUCGAGGAGAACCAGAAAACCUCAUUCCUCAUAGAAGGCCGGUUAAUAAAUUCCAUCCGGGUCAUCUGCCCCAGCUACGAAGAUUACCAGGAGUGGCUCUACUGCCUGAAAACAGCCCAGUUUCGAAAUGCAGAAUCGUCGCUCUCGGGAUCAGAAAGCUUCACAGGAUCAAAGCUCCCCCACCUCGGGCAGUUCCCAGGCAGCGGCAGGGGCUCGCUCACCUCAGAUGGCCGGACAAACUCCUGGACGUCGGGAGGGAAAGUCACCACCUUAACCCACCUCUCCCAGAACAGCGGCUCCCUCCCUGAUGGAGGGGCCUUUCCCAUGAUGCCCGAAACCAGAGUGAUUGAGGACUCCUUUUCCCCAGGCUAUUCCCAGCCUCUGCAUUGCCUGGCGAACCCCAGCUGGUCGAAACAAGAGCUGAAGAGGGGCGGCAGCACCCGCAAGUCCAAGGGCAAAUGCGGCCCCUCCACACAGCAGCCCCCGCCCGGCACGCAGGACGCAGAGAGGAAUGCAUGCCACCUUGCUGCUGAAAACCCCAAUGGCGAGCACCUGUCCCCUGUGUACAAUGAACCAUGCUCUUCACUGAGCUCCGAGCAGCGCCAGGCUCCCCCCCUGCGUCUGGACUUGAGCAGUCUCACUCGCUGGAGCCUGGCUGAGAGUCAGCACUCCAUGGCAUCCAGCUCCUUGGAGAAGACGCCCCUGCCCAAGUCCCCGCUGUAUGCAGACCCCUACACCCCCAACUCCCCCACGGCACUGAGUCCUGCAGGCUCCGGCUUCCUGGAAGAGUUCCUCAGGUGUCACGGGCAGACCGGCUCAGAGCAGGUGAACGGCUGCCCGCCAGCCCCCGGUAUCCAUCACCCGCCACACCAGCCCUUACGGAGCACCCACUGGAGAGAACCACCGGCAGCCCAGAGAUACAGCGUCCCCGGCCCCUCCUGCAACCCACUGCUGGGGCGACCUCCUGACGUCGCCUUCUUUGCAAACGUUCCCCCCCGGAGGGAAGAAUACCUGGGAUCUUCCCUGCAGCCCUCAGACGAAAAUGCCGGCGUUUACGACCUGCCCGGGAACAGGCACACGUGGCUCGACUCAGACUACCACGACUAUGCAGAACUCCAGAGCUUCCAGAGCGAGCUCAGUUAUGACAACCUCUGGGAGGCCGAGGUGAAGGACUUGGGUGUCCGGCAGGGCCCGCCACCGUCCAGCCCUCAGUACUAUCAUGUCUGAGAGCAGCACACCCCAGCCAUGCUCCUCGCCCCUCCACAGCCUGUUCUUCCCUGAUCAGCUGGGACGAUUCUGGGGUGUGUAAAGGAGGAGGAAGAGCCCCUGCUAUGACUGUCCAUUUGUGCUGAGGCCUGUGGGUGCCGGGUUCUCUGAUCCCGAUGGAGGCCACGUUGAACUGUUCCACCACAACUUAGUGCGAUGCCCACAAGCCUGUGGAAGACACUCUGAAUCCCGUUGAGGAAUGAAAUCCCUGCCUGCUUGCCAAUGUAUCUGCUGCACAUGAUCCCUGGGGACCUGUGGCAUCCUCAGGAAACCUGCUGUCCGAACUGCUGGAGAAUCAGGGCCAAGGGACAGCCGUUACUCUAUGCAGCAGAAAAAAAGCCAAGGUGCUAACUGAGUUGCAUUGGAUCAAAAAACAAAUGUGUGCAUGGAAAGAUCAGCUACUCAAAGGCCAUAGAAGAGGUUGCUGGAGUGGUGAGUGUCUGUGAAGUAUUAGAGCUAUGGAGUGGGACCCUGAUUAUCUGCCUUUUCAGUGGAGUCUUGGUUGGUGAUUAGUAUUACAGGGCACCUUCAUACCUUGAGCCCAGCCAUUGAGCCAGAUCACCUGCCAUGCUGCACCACGGCCUGUGCGAAGGGACAUGGACAUGUGUGGUCUCCACACUCAGUGCUGCUGACGGCUGCACUCCUCGCACAGCCUCAGUACAAGGGGGACAGCUAGCCACCGAGGUGCAAAGAAUCCUUGAGCCCUGCUCUCGCUCACCAAGGCAGUGCAAGGCAUCUCCUCCCUGCUGGCUACUGCUCCAUCUUCACUGUCAGCACUAGCUCAGAUGCCAGGGCAUCGAAGGGCAUCUAAGAAGGGCAUCGAAGAACCUGGCAGACAUUGAGAGAGGGACAAAGGGGAAAUCUGUUGCCUGAAGCGUGCUCGGGGAUGCCACCCCGGCCUCCCAUCCCUCUGCCCAUGACCGAACUGCAUCCAACCCGUUUCUAUGAACAGGCAGGGGAAAGAGGAAAUCUUCUUAAAGCAGAACUCAGCAGGCCCCUUCUGGUGCUUAAACAUCUUCAGCAAAAUUCACAUGCUGAGCUCCUUCUCCUUAGUCCUCCAGGGCCCUUGCGGGAAGGUGCCAACAGGCAUCACUCCAGAGGGGAUAUAGAGUCUGAUCACUCCCCAGCCUCUGCAGUGCAGACAGGCUCACCAGCAAGCCAAAGGGCUUUCCCUGAAGCUGCACAGUCUAUUGUUUGCUCCCCAGCAGCCUGUAGCAUACUAAGGAACUCUUUUUUUUCCCCUUUCACUGGUACCCAUGAAACAAGCUAGGAGACUGUGGUACUUGAACUCUUUUACAUGGCAUCGAACAAAGUUUACACAUACAGUUUGAGUGGAAUAUUUGUAUUUAAUGUGUAAAUGGAGGAGAGUUUCCAAUCUAUUUAAUCUUGUAGCUCUGAACUGCAGCUCACUAACCCAUGCAUCUGUGCUGGGUGAGAUGGGUGGCUCUUCUAAGCUGUUUUGUUUUAUUUCAGGUUCACUUUCAUAUUGGGAAGGUUUAUGUCUAAGAAUAACUUAGCCUGGAGAGGAUCUAUUUAUUCAGAACAGAUUUGCACUGGGGAAUUUCAGCGCACAUAGUUUUCUUAUGUGCAGCUGCACUCUGGUUUCAGCAAACGUAACACCUUGCAGAGACCAUUUUUCCAAUCUGGGUUGGGUUUUUAUUUUUUGGUUUUUUUCCCUUUUGUGUAGCAGAAAUUGCCAUGAAUUGAAAUAACUUACUGUUUUCUUCUCUGGUUGUUUUCCACAAGAUUGUACCAUUCUAAUAAUAUGCCUUCCUUCAGAAAUGAGUCUCUCUCUUUAUUUGUCCUUGUCUGGUUUAACAGAAGAAUCUGUUUUCCCCCCCUUUAUGAUGCCAUCCCAGCACCUCAAGGACAAAAUAACUGUUCCUUCCUUCCCAGACUGUGAGUCACUGGGUAAAGGGAGGCUCUUCAAACUGCUGACAGUGUGGAGGGCUCAGGUUGGAUCAGUGAUUUGCAAACACAUUAUCUAGGUGCAAACUCUCUAGUGUAUCCUUCAGGAGAGAGAGGCUGGAAUUUGGAACUCCAAAGUUUAUGGGCUGUUUUUCCCCUCCAAUGUCUUUGGCUGAAUGGGGCUUUGCAAGUAGCGGGCAAAGAAUUGCUCAGUAGAUUUUCCUGAAGGACAUGACUUUGCCUGCCUGGGAAGUGUGUGGUUAUGAGGCUGGGAGGGUCUGUGCUACCUGCACUCCAGCAGUGUAGGAAAUUCAGACUGGGUGAUGUUCAUCACUGAGCAGAUGCCCAGCAAAAGGGCUGAGCGGGUCAUGAGUUGCCCAGAGGUCUUUAGCUGGGACUCUGUGCAGCGGUGGAAGUCACUCAAGGUGUGCAUUCCCUUUCGCUCUCUCGUUCUCAAUCAGCUCUAACACCUCUGAAGCUGCACCAGCCAGCUCUUUGGCAGGGGAAAGAUAAAGAUGUCAAUGGAAGCAGUCCUACUAGAGAUUUUCCUUUGAGUAAAAUUAACAUCCCAGGCCCACCUAGUGAGAUGGCUGCAAGGCAGGUACUUGGCUAACAACCGAGCUGGGUAGGCAAAUGGUUUGUCUAUGGACUCUACAACACAUCUCAAGUCCUCAAGACAGGGCUGGGGACUUAGACCCAGCCUCGUUUGCGAUUCAUUUGGGAACAAGACUUGGUGACAUCAGUUUGGUCCCCCUGCCUCCCUGAUGUGCUGGUUCUUAGGGUAAUUUCUCCUCCUCCUGUUGUACUUUCAACUUUGGUUCAGGUUUCCUUUCCUGUGGUUUUCUGUCUGCCCUUUAGCCCUUUGACUCUAAAUAAAUGUCACCUUUUUACCUCAUUCCCUUUACAGUGCAGAGGCGCUUCUGUUGGGAACAGAAAUGCGGGCCAGGGAGAGGGCUGCCUUCCAAACAGACUGCUCAGUGUUGAAAGAAAAAAUGAGAAUGAUGUAUGUGCUGGGCGAUUUCAGCACUGAAAAUUAGGGGGGUUGCAAUACUACAGGGCCUAAUAGAAACCAGCUAACAAAGAAAGGGGUGAAUUUGUGGCCUUCCAAAUACUAAGGUAUUGAAAAGAUUCACCAAACUGCACAAUAGGGCCAGUUAAUUACUGAUGGAUAAGGAGCGAGUACCCCCAGACAUUUCAGUGGCAGGAUGAUUGCUCCUCACCCCUCACUAAUGCCUACAACAGGUCCUAGCCUGGGGUUCACUAUCUUGCCCGACAGACAAAACUUCACGUUAGGGAUGAUCGUUCAGCCCAGAGAGAGGUGGGAGCCGCCUGCCAAGGGGCCCAUGCGGGAACUGGAUUGCCCAUCCCUCAAUUCCCUCGUUCAACUGCUCUGCAAAGGUUGCUCUGGGCAGAUUCUGCACUGGCAAAACUGGCUUGGGUUGAGGUGCAGCUGUGUUUUAUCUGAGCUAUUUAAAGCGGUACAGGUGGUGCAAUGGGAGUGCAGUAACCUGGCGCAGCUUAUUCCCUUUCCUGUAUGGGAAUACAUUCCACCGGUAGAAAGAUAUUUUAUGUUGGUAAAAUUUAGAGUGAGGGGGGCUAUGCCACUUGACCUACUCUGGUAUAACUAUGGUAUUACAAAGCCUCGGUACGUCCUUAAAAUGGCUCCAAGAUACCAUUCCUUGACUUUGGGUAAAGUCAGAGCCAUAUCCCAUCUUUACAACAAAGCCCCGUCUCAUGCCUCCAGUACUACUGGUGUGCCUAAAGGACCCUCCAAGCCCGGUAGUGACUCACCCUGAUGGUGGUUACCUGGCUGGAGCCACCGUUGUAGGCUGCAGCUCCACUCACAUCGUCCUGUCUUGUGACUGUGUAAACCCAGUGCUCUGGCUCCA